CCCUGGUCAUGCCAUGUCGUUUCGGUUUCUUUCGUAAACAAUAAUAAAAGCUCGAGGAACCAAUGCUGCUUACUUUCUGAUCUUGAACGGUGAAUAGUGAUUAUAUUCCGGAAAACUUUCCCAUUGAAUUGAUUCAGUGCAAUGAAUUUUCUACGGCAAACUUUGGCCAUUACGAAGUCGUUUGCCGGUGAAGCUUUCUCAUCGUUCCUGCAGCGCGGCACGAUGGCCACGCUAAACCAGAUGCAUCGCACCGGACCGCACUUCAAGGUGCGUCCCCCGAGGCAGCCCCUGAACGGUAAACCCUUUGCCAAGGGAAUUAUUCUCAAGACAUUGAUUAAGAAACCGAAGAAGCCCAAUUCGGCCAACCGAAAGUGUGUCCUGGUGCGGCUCAGCACCGGAAAGGAGAUGGUUGCGUACGUUCCCGGCAUCGGUCACAACCUGCAGGAACACAACAUCGUGCUGGUGCGGGUUGGACGGAUGCAGGAUCUGCCCGGUGUAAAGCUGAAAUGUGUUCGCGGAAAAUACGAUCUGCCGCACGUGAUCAAGCAGAAGUGAGAGAUCUCGGCAAAAUGAUAAGUCGGAAGGCCGCCAAUAAAGGCUAUGAAAGAGUUAUGUGUGUAGGAAAAAUUUAAAA